AGGAGUAAGGAGGCAGCAACAUUAAGUGCCCAACCCUGCAGUGUCUGGCCGGAUCCGUGCAUGGACAGCCCGACUCCCAUGGGCAGGAGCAGGCAAUAGGACUCCCGGCUCCGGACUCCCAUAUCCCAGCGCCCCCACACCUGGAUGGACCUGAAUGAGGACAGCUGGUCCGGCGGCACAAGGCUGAGUCCCGCGAAUUCCUUCUUCCCCUGUCCGAUCAAACAGAGCCCGGGCACCUCUCCGCCACCCUCCCCCUGCUCCCAGCUUGGUUCCUCCGAGUGCCUUCGGACUGAGCCGGACAGAGGUCCGCACACCAUUUCGGCAGAGGGGAGGCCGGCUCCCUCGUAUCACCCGCUCGGCCUCUCCCACCCCGAGGAUCUCAUCCUGUUCAGGGACUUGGAUCACAUUAACAAACUCAUCGUACCCAACAGGGAGACUCGCUACAGCAGCGCCCUGCCCGAGCCGCCAGCCGGGGACAUGUACCAGACACUUACCAUCACUGCGGCCCAAGGACCGCUCGGCUACGAUCACUCUCAGGGCACUUUCAUGCACUCCGCUGCCAGCUCGCCGGUCUAUGUGCCCACUAGCAGAGUUGGCUCCAUGCUCACAAGCAUCUCCUACUUGCAGGGCACCGGGGCAUCGCAGGGCGCCCAUUCAGUGAACAAUCACUGGUCGCAGGCAACCUCCGAGGGUUCAUCAUUCAGCAGUAGUAGCCCGCAUACCUCUAGCCGGUACCACUACUCCCCCAGCCCGCCCAUGGCCAAUGGAUCUACCCGGGAUACAGGUUACAGCAGCAGUCUCACUGUCAGUGGCAGAGACCAGUACACCCCUCUGGCCAGACCUCUUAAUGGAUCCUAUGGAAGCCCUUAUACACCUUACAUGGCCCCCCAGCUCACCUCCGCUUGGCCUGCUGGACCUUUUGACAACACCAUGCUUCACAGUCUGCAAAGUAGAGGCGCACCCAUCAAUGUGAGAGGGGCCCCUGGAGAUGUGUUGGACGAGCUGCCGGAGAGCCGAGAGUGUGUUAACUGCGGCUCGGUGCAGACCCCCCUGUGGAGACGAGAUGGUACGGGUCACUAUUUGUGCAACGCCUGCGGAUUGUACAGCAAGAUGAAUGGACUGAGCCGGCCGCUCAUCAAGCCACAAAAGCGAGUGCCUUCAUCAAGACGAAUUGGACUGGCAUGUGCAAACUGUCACACCACAACAACAACAUUAUGGCGCAGGAAUACAGAAGGAGAACCAGUAUGCAAUGCCUGUGGCCUGUACAUGAAACUCCAUGGGGUGCCACGGCCACUUGCUAUGAAGAAGGAAGGUAUUCAAACCAGAAAGAGAAAGCCCAAGAACCUAAACAAAUCCAAAUCUUCAUCUAGCAAUGGUAACAGCAGCCACCAAAUUCCCAUGACUCCAACUUCAACAACAUCCUCCACAAAUUCUGAUGACUGCAUAAAGAAUGGUUCACCCAGUCAAAACACAGCACCUGUAGUGGCUUCAUCCCUGAUGUCUACUCAAACUGACAGUACCAGUCCGAACAGCAACACACUAAAGUACACAGGUCAAGAUGGGCUUUACUCCGCAGUCAGUCUGAGCUCAGCCUCUGAAGUCGCAGCCUCUGUCAGACAGGAUUCAUGGUGUGCUUUGGCCUUGGCCUGACAGCCCAUAAUAAAAUAAAGCUGUGUUGGCACAAGCCUAGCCUUUCUGACUUUUGCACAGCUUAGAUUGUGCCUUAUGUUCCUCCAAAUCAAACCUUAGCUGUUCGGCUAGACAGUUCUGGACUUUCCCUUUGAAUACUUUGGUUUUUAGACGAGGUUAUGUGGACAACAUUUAACUGAGGUCCUCAUCUAUGCAAGACGAAUAAGACCGAGAGAACACAACUUCAUAAUACAAACAGAAAAGGGACACCAUCCAACAGACUUUGCCUUAAUAGCUUUAAUUACAUUCAGGAUAUGCCUUAUUCUCCAGGAUGCAUUGUAGUAUGCUGUCUUUUGGAAGGAAAUGUGACCCUCAUACUGCUACUUCCUUUGAAGGUUCCCAGAUGACAUGCUGUCUCUCAACUGCCUUUACAUAUACAUAGAGCUACAAUUUCAGUUUUAACUGCUCACAGCUCUGAAAUUGUCUAGGCUAGGCUUUUGUAAAAUGUGUUGCAUUCAAUGCAAUGCUUCAGUGUGGGAGCAAUUUCCCAGGUGGCUUCAGUCGCUACAAGCUGUUCCUUGACUGAGAGGCCAAAAGAACAGAAAUACAUGCUUGGGAUAUAUAAGACUGCAGUUUUUAUGAACAGGGGCUGGCUGGUAGAUCUCUAACAAGAGGGGAUGCAUCGAGAUGACAUACACACUCCAACCCCAUGGAUUUACAUAAAAUGCACCAAUGAAAAGCAUUUCAUUAUUUUCAAAUGAGUGCUCUCACCAAUAUUGUCAAGAAUUAUAAAUAUUUAUUUUUAACUAGAAAAUAUUCAACCCUGAGAUCUUACACUAAAAAAAGUUUUUAAUUUUUUAAAUCAAGUUCUGCUAGCAUGAAAUUUGUCCACUGUGCGCUGUUACCAAUUCUGGCAAUAUACAUUUAUAGAAUACCCCACAUAUUAUAUUGUCUAAAUCACUAUCACUAUGUUUUGUAUCUUAAACCUAUAGAACAGGUUGCAUCUGUAGAUUAGAACACUGACCAGCCUUCGGGACCACUUCCCCUAUUAUCAAAAGACUAGUAUGUCCAGUGGGUAACAAAGGGUUACCAACUCUUGUGCCACGCAGCAUUAAUACUUUGUCUAACUGGCCCAACUGUAUUUCAAUAUUAUGGCAUUUUAAGCAGCAUUUGAAAGUCAAGGGUGGUCUGGUUGGGUGUGCUAUAUGCCCUAAUAUUGCCUUAAAUUAUUCUUUUUUAAAUUUAAUUCAUUUGGGGUUAACAUGACUGUAGUAAUCUUAUUCUGAGUAUUACCACAACAAGUCAUAUUCGCAACUAAAGGUGGGCAUACACUUGACAAUCCGCUUGUUUGGAGAGAUUGCCAAAUGAGCAGAUCUUUCACCAGUAUGCCCACCUUAAGGUGGGCAUUAUCGCAUUGAUCUGAUCGUUUGGCUUGGGCUAAAUGAUCUCAUCACAGUGACAGGACAAGGAGCGCAUUGUUGUGUUGAUAUGGUCCACGUUCCAACAGGAUUUUUAAAUGUGCCCCAUCAACAUCUGGCUGAUUUCCGGCCUGAUAUUGGUCGGGUAGGGCUAUCUGAGGGCCCCAUAUAUGAGCCUAUAAACUGCCAACUUAGACCUUCAGCAGUUGUAUUAGCUGUGUAUGGCCACCUUUAUUCUAAAGAAAAUAUAUUGUAAAAUGCUAGUUAGCUUACCAGUAUUGACUCACAAAAUCCUUGCAUCACAGCUGCAGUUACAUUUACUGGACUUGGGUGAAUCCCCAAAUGUUUGCACAUCAGGUCUUAACAAAAGCAAGCUAUUAUGAUUAAAUGCAGGCUAUGGUUAUUGUACCUGGCAAUGGCAUAGCCUGCAUUAACACAGGCCCAUGGGACACUUUUGCAAGACCAGCCAGUCCCUGUGAAUCAGUGAACAAUAUGCAUAAAACUUGCAGAUAUGUUCUCCUGAAAUCAAGAAUCAUGAGCAGCAGUCCAUUCAUGCGGCAUGUUCUGCGGAACAUUGUGCAUUGCCUUCAGAUUAACAUACACCAAAAAUGGCUUUGCCCAGCUCACAGAAAUCCAGCAUAUAGGCCAAGGUUAUUGGUUAUUGGAGUUGAUACAAUUUGACUGCUAUGUUCAGUCUCACUUUGCAUACAGGGUAGCGAACGAUACUUUUUCUUCCACAUAAAACAAUAUUUUUGUAACGAGAAAAAGUGCAAUUUUUAUUGCGGCAAUCAGUGUUAAAUCAUUUACAUACGAUUUAACAACUUUUUGUAAUGAAUGUAUACAUUUUAACUUAAUGGUACUUUUGUUAAUUUAAUAAUAAUGUUAGGAUGCCAUUCUUCUAAAUCACAAUGUUGUGACAGGCAUAUUCCAUAUGUGAUUGCAUCCCCACCCCCACCCCUCCAAGAACAAAUAUUCUCAGGAAAGUGGUUAAAUGCAUAAAUCAAGAAACCCACUACCUAUCAUGCCGUCAGCUUUAGAAAGGACACCUUUGAGAAGUCUCCCAUUCUGUACAUAGUUAGUAAGACGAAACCCCACAGUUGUGUGACUGACAUUGCUAAGUUGGUUUUACAUUUUAUAAUGGGAUGUUGUUUGGAACGUUGCCAUAACAGAGCUUUAUAAAUAAAAAUGUUAUUGUUUUUAC